GAUUGGCAGCGCCGCCGCUAUAAAUGCCUGCAGCCGGGCUGGCGCGGCCAGCAGUGGCCAGCGGCGCCCUCUGGCAGCGGGAGAGCCAAGCUGGCCGUCACCUUCCGAGCAAGAUGUGCAAGGGGCUGGCUGGUUUGCCCGCGUCCUGCCUGCGGAGCGCCAAGGACAUGAAGCACCGGCUGGCCUUCCUGCUGCAGAAGCCGGACGGCGGCCAGCCCGGCGCCCCCCACGGCAGGAAGGACCGGGCGGCACGGUGCCAGAGGGCGACCCCUGAGGAGGUGAAGCGGUGGGCAGAGUCCCUGGAGAGCCUCAUCAGCCACGAGUGCGGCCGGGCGGCCUUCAGGGCCUUCCUGCGCUCCGAGUACAGCGAGGAGAACCUGGACUUCUGGCUCAGCUGCGAGGCCUACAAGCACGCCACGCCGGCCUGCCAGCUCGCGCCCCGCGCACGCGCCAUCUACGGGGAGUUCAUCUCCGUGCAGGCGUGCCGCGAGGUCAACCUUGACUCCUGCACCCGAGAGCAGACCAGCCGGAACGUUCUGGAACCCACCCCCACCUGCUUCGACGAGGCCCAGGGGAAGAUCUUCAACCUGAUGAAGAAGGAUUCCUACCGCCGCUUCCUCAAGUCCCGCUUCUACCUGGAUUUCCUGGGGCCCUCGGCCUGCGGCGGGGAGGGGCAGGGGCGCGGCCCCGAGGCGGGCGAGCGCGGCGCCCCCCUGCCCCUGUGUGCCUGAGAUGCCGGGACCCUGCCGGAGCCCGGAGCACACCUGCCACCACUGCCCCCCCAGAUGCACCGUGUACCUCGUGGCCUGCCCCCCACUCCCGGCGUCCACCCCGUGGCCGGCCCCUGGCCCUGCCGCUGACCCGAGCAGUCGCGUGUAGAUGAGGACCCCGAGCCAGGCACGGGCAGUACCCGCCGUCUACACCCGCCGGACCCCAGGUGCCUCAUCCAACGCAUCCCACCUGGGGCCCGCAGGGAGGAGGUGGGCGGGGCGAGGCCCAGCCUGACCCCGGCUCCCUCCUCUCCCCAUCCAGCCCUUCCCGCUCCCGACACCACCGCAGCACGAUGGCCCGGGCGCGGAGCCCCUCUCAGAGGGAGACUCCCGAGCACUGUGGCCCGGGGUGGGGGAGGGGGCGGGAGGGGAAAGUGUGUGGGAGAGGAACGCCCCGGGCAGGCCCUUGGAGCUUCUCUCAGCACGUGCCGUGCGCAGACAUUUCUCCUUUCUGUUAUUUAUGCGGUUUUGUACGGUGAUUUUUUAAAUUGCUGUGUUGUUUUAUACACCCGGGGUGGGUGUCCCCCGAAUCACUCAUGAAUGGCCUGGGACCCUCAUUCUUGGAAGCCCACUGUGUUAGGAGUGCAUGCACACGCAGGCAAGCGUGCACGCGCACAGGGACAUGCAUGCACAGGCAAACACGGACAGGUGCACACAGAGACGUGUGCACACAUAUGUGGACAAGCACACACAGACAUGCGUGCAUGCACACACACGGACAGGCACACAGAAGCAUGUGUGCACACAGACAUGCAUGCAUGCACACACGGAGGACAGGAACAGACAUGUGUGCACAUAUACAUGGACAAGCACACAGGCACGUGCAUGUACAGAUUUGCACAUGCAUGCAUGUGUGCAGGAAGGCAUGUAUACAGAAUACACAGACCCAUGCACACACAUGUGCGCAAACAUGCAUGCAUGCUGAAUGGAAAGACCCAUGCACACACGUGUGUGCGCAGACACACGUGUACAUCCACGCACACAUAGACUCCACCUUCCCCAGACAGUUCCAUGCUUGGCUGCCUCUGACCCCUGACCCUCCCGCAGAUAGCAUGUGUGAGUCUUGGGCUCGCCCCCCCCUCUGCUGUGUCCCCCCCCUGCCCCCAGUACCGGGGUCCAACAGUGUGUGCAGACUUGGCCUCUGGUCCUGGGCCGGCGUUCGGGUCGUGCCCAGAGGAGUAAACGGUUUUCUGAAA